GCCCCAAUCACCGGGACAGCUGGAGGCAGUCGGAGGGCCUUCCCUGCCGGAGGGUUUAAAGAGCGCCUCUGGAGGGAUCACUCAGCUGGAACGACCGAUCGGUGCCAGGCCAGGUGUACGCGUCCGUCGGUCCUUCCGUGCCAGUGCCGGAGACCAGCCCCGGAGGCCGCCCGGGCCCGUCCCUGUGCCCGGCACCAUGAAGCAGGAGUCCGCAGCCCAGAGCACCCCGCCUCCUUCACUGUCCCCUGCACCAUCCGCGCAGCCUUCCUGGGAGGAUGGCGACCCCCAAGCCCUGUGGAUUUUCGGAUACGGCUCCCUAGUGUGGAAGCCGGACUUUGCCUACAGCGACAGCCGUGUGGGCUUCGUACGUGGCUAUAGCCGACGGUUUUGGCAGGGAGACACCUUCCAUAGGGGCAGCGACAAGAUGCCUGGCCGAGUGGUGACCCUCCUUGAAGAUCGUGAGGGCUGCACUUGGGGUGUGGCAUACCAGGUUCGAGGGGAGCAGGUGAGCGAGGCACUGAAGUACCUGAACGUGAGAGAAGCUGUGCUUGGCGGCUAUGACACUAAGGAAGUCACCUUUUAUCCUCAAGACACCCCUGAGCAACCCCUCACGGCACUGGCCUAUGUGGCCACCCCACAGAACCCUGGCUACCUGGGCCCUGCUCCUGAAGAGGUCAUCGCCACACAGAUCCUCGCUUGCCGAGGCUUCUCUGGCCACAACCUUGAGUACUUACUGCGUUUGGCCGACUUCAUGCAGCUCUGUGGGCCUCAGGCACAAGACGAGCACCUGGAAGCCAUUGUGGACGCCGUAGGAACCCUGCUUCCCUGCUCUUUCCUCCCCGAGCAGCCGCUGGCACUGAUCUGAGGAGCCGAGAGCUCCUGCAAGGAGUGUCCGAAUGGAUACUGGUGGACAUCAGCAUGCAGUACUUGAGAUAGACUUGAUGGAGCUAGAGGCAGUUGAGAAGGCAUGGCGGGUGGCUGGGGGACUUUGUGUGUUAUGUCCUGCCUGUCUGCUAGCCAACUGUCUGCUGGCCUCCAACUCUUCCUUCAUUGACCCUGACUUAUUACUUGAAAGUUUAUUUAUUGCACCAUGUUGGUGUGGUGGGUAGGGCAGGUGGGGGGCCUGCCCUGGAUGUGGGCCCUGCUGUGCGGUGGCUCUGUCCUAGCCCUCUGGUACCUAACCAGAAUCACCCCAUUGCUGCUGCUAAUUCCACACCACCCAGGCCUCCACAGCCCCACGGAGCCUCCAAGAACCUCGAUCCUCUGUCCACCUAGACUACCCCAACCCUGGUAAUGUCACCUGCCCAUGUUCCCGGCCUUCUGGAUGAGAGACGGGAAAGGAGGCAAAGUAGCUCUUCAAGGACCAAGGUCCAGCGUCCUUCUUCGUUGCCGGGGUCCAGGGCAGAACUGGAUUCUAUGCACAGACACAGCUCCUGGGACUGGGCCUCUUCCCUCCUCCCUUUUCUCAUUUCCUUAUCCUUCUGUCUGUCUGCUUGUUUGUCUGGAUUACUUCCUAUAGACCCAUUGGUCUGUUCCUAGAAAACAUCACUACAGUCCUUGUCCAUUCUCAGUUGACCUGUACUGCUACCCAUAAACUCUCUUCAAUUACCUUUGCCAGAA